CCCGAACCGCAACCUUUCUUAUCUAAUACUUAAUUUGUGACACUGUUUUGUCCAACAUAUCUCUACUAUUCUUUCAGCAAUUUUUGCACACUCUGAGAUCCAUGGAAAAUCAUGAGGGGUACUUCCAUGAAGCCAGUUUCACAGACCCAGAAGGUAACCCAAGAACUUCGAAAGUCCCAGUGGUUCAAGAACUCGCACGACAAGGGCUCAACCACUUGCCCAAGAGGUUCAUAAGGGCGAACAACACACAACACCCUGUUGAGCCAUCCCUCCCAAAAACUAUUCCACUAAUAAACGUGGCUAAGUUACGGGCUGGGUCCGAGCCCGAGGGUCGAGCCCAAGAGCUGGGAAAGCUAGCCAGCGGUGCUAGAGAAUGGGGUUUGUUUUUAAUUACGGAACAUGGCAUAAGUUGGAGUGAUUUGCAGAGUGUGAAGGAUGUUGUAAAGGGAUUUUUUGGGCUGUCGUUUGAAGAUAAAAAAAGGAGUGUUGGAUCGUAUGCCAGCAUUGAUAAUAUGGGUUAUGGCCGGAAUUUUGUUAAGUCAGAAGAUGAGCCGUUGGAUUGGAUUGAUCGUUUGACUAUGAAAGCAGCUCCCGUCGGAGGAGAUGAAGGUCUCAAUGUUUGGCCUCAAAACCCACCCAAUUUCAAGGAAGUGAUAGAGAAAUAUGUGAAGCAAGCAAGAAACGUAAUGGACGAGUUACUUGAAGCACUAGCAGAGGCCUUUUCUCUAGAAAGAAACGCUUUUCUGAAAUAUUUAAAUCCAGAAAACAGUGAGAUGAAUGUUAGAGUUAAUUACUACCCACCAUGUCCAAGGCCAGAUCUCACUUUGGGCCUGACUCCUCACACUGAUGGGAGUGUCCUCACUCUAUUGAUCCAAUUUGAAGCCACUGGGGGUCUGCAAAUUCUCAAGGACAAACAAUGGCUCACCCUGCCGUGGCCCAGUCAUACGUUGCUGGUCAAUGUGGGAGAUCUGCUUGAAAUCAUGAGUAAUGGACGGUUAAAAAGCCCAUGGCAUAGAGUUGUGACCCAAAUGGAUGUGGAGAGAUUCUCUGUUGCUUUGUUCUAUAACCCACCAUCACGGGUCGAGAUCGAGCCCGAGCCCAAGCCCAACCAAGAAGAUGAUGCCAUGGAAGAGGAUGGUUUCGAAAAGGUGGUUGUUGGUGAUUAUUUGCAGCAUUUUUAUAGAGUUAGUCCAACGGACGAGAAGAAAGCAAUCAUAUAUGCUAAAGCCAAAUGACUUAUUUAAAACUAAAUAACAUUAAAUCUCUAAGGAUUAAGAGAGAAUACAAAUCAUUGAAGUAAAAAAUGAAUAUUUGUGAACAACGUAGAUAUCAUUUGAAAA